AUGUACAAGAUUCUCAGUGGCAAUGUCGGAGUUGACAGAGAUCGUUUGUUUGGUACUAAGAGUAUUGACCCCGUUGAUAAUAUUGACCCCGUUGAUAAUAUUGACCCCGUGGACAGUAUUGACCCCGUUGAUAAUAUUGACCCCGUGGACAGUAUUGACCCCGUUGAUAAUAUUGACCCCGUGGACAGUAUUGACCCCGUUGAUAAUAUUGACCCCGUGGGCAGUAUUGACCCCGUUGAUAAUAUUGACCCCGUGGACAGUAUUGACCCCGUUGAUAAUAUUGACCCCGUGGGAAGUAUUGACCCCGUGGGCAGUAUUGACCCCGUUGAUAAUAUUGACCCCGUGGACAGUAUUAACCCCGUUGAUAAUAUUGACCCCGUGGACAGUAUUGACCCCGUUGAUAAUAUUGACCCCGUUGAUAAUAUGACCCCUAUUGACCCCGUUGAUAAUAUUGACCCCGUGGACAGUAUUGACCCCGUGGACAGUAUUGACCCCGUUGAUAAUACUGACCCCGUGGACAGUAUUGACCCAGUUGAUAAUAUUGACCCACGUGGAUAA